AUGGCAGCAGCAGUUAGAGACAGCUUUCUCGACCUCGAAAAGCAUCGUCUGCAGCUGGAGGAAAGCAUCGCCAAGCUGCAGAAGGCUCUGCAGCACUGGCGACAAUGGGACGCGGAGUAUGAGUCCUUGAAAGAGGAAAUCGAGUCUGCGCCCCAACCCGCCAGCUCGGAGCAUCUCGCGCGCAUCCGCCGGGACUUCGAGGGUGAGGUCGUCGACAAGAAGGAGAUCAAUGAUCUGUUUGGCCGGGUCGAUCUCAAGCCCGCUGACCAGAUCGUCAAUCUCCUGACCCGUCGCAUCGACUAUGUGUCCAAGAACAUCGAGACGCUCGAGAAGCAGCUCGAGUCAGCGGAACAGAAGCACGCCGCCGCAAGCAUCGUCAGCAACCCGGAUGUGCGGGACGAGGACGGUCUACCCAUAACGGAGAUCAUCGAGGAGCUCGACGAGGAGGGCAACGUCGUGGCUAGCAGACUACAGCGCCCCGGCGAUUCCAGUGGGCAGCUGAGGGAGAUUCUUGAGAAGGCUGGCGUCGCCAACAUUCCUGAUGGCAAGCCUGAAGGAACGGUCACGACCGAAGCCAUCGUCGAGGAUGUCACCGACGUGCCUGCCGACGUCCCGCGGCCUGAGACGUCGACAGAGCACAGCACGCCGUCGGCAGAGGAGCCCAAGCCUGAGGAGAAGGUCGACGACAUCGUCCCGAUCAAGAAGACCGUCUCUUUCUCGGACGAUACCAAGCCGCCAUCCGAGCCUCAGGUUUCCAGAAACGCCCAGCGUGUCGAGGAGAUUAUGAGGACGGCCAAGGAGCAGGAAGAGAUCAGUCGUCAAGCACCUGUCAUUCCCGAAGACGAGUCUGAGGAGGAUGCCUUCCUCCGUCGCGAGAUGCUCAAGUACGGGAUGGAAGAGGUCGGAGCCGUCGUUGCCGAGCUCGAUCUUGAAGAGGGCUCUGGCGAUGACGAAGACUGGGAGUUCGAGUACUCCGACUUGGACGAGGACGAGGAAGAGGACAAGUACGGCCGGUCUACCAGCAGCGUUCUCGACGACGGCUACCACCAGCGCAUGCUCGAGCUCGAGAAGCGUCUCGGCGUCAAGUCUCGCUUCACCGAACAGGGUGAGGCUGCGGCCGACGACUCGGACUCAGACAACGAUCAACAAGGCAUUGGCCGUAUCGUCAUCAACCGAAGUGAGCAGGCCAAGGCGGUUGAGGCUUCCAAACCGUCGCCUGCUCCUGUCGCCUCCAGCCUCCGGACUUCCUCUCCAACUGAGUCUGCCGAUGGCAAGAAGAGUGUCCGUUUCGCCCAGAAUCUCGACAUUGCCUCCGAGACGCCGGCGGUCCCGGCUUCCGCACCAAUCGUUGCCGCUGAGCCCUUUGUCGAGCCUCUCAGCGACAUUGUCGAACGCUCCGGCCCCGCGAAGCAAGCGGAAACCAAGUCAACCCGCAAAACCUCACGCUUCAAGAAGGCCAGAGCCGCUCCGACUGUCGUCGGCGACGACGCUGUCCCCAAGGGCCCGAUGGAUGUUCCUGUCCGCUUCCUCGACGAAGACAGGCCAACGGCGCCCACUGGUCCCGAGGGUCAGACCCUCGCCGAUUCGAUUGUCGAGAAGCAGACGAAGCCAGUCGAGGCUGAUCCCUUCGGCGAUGAGUUCAUCGACCAAGACGUCGCUGACGAGUACCACCGCCAGCGCAGGAACUUCAUCCAGAAGCAAGGCGGCUUCCUGCAAGAGGAUGAGUCCGUGGUCCGGCCGCUUGAUGAGGCCGACGGUGGCAAACGCAUCAGCAAGUUCAAAGCUGCUCGCCUUUCCAAGCAGUGA